AUGUUCUACAGCUCAGCUCUUUUCUUGGUUUUCGCCACAUCUUCUCUCUUCGCCCAGGCCGCUGCGGAAUGUAAUCGGUUCUCCACCAAUGGUUCUACGGCAUCAACAUACGACUUCCAUCGCUUCUACGACUUCAGGCAGCUACAUGAUGAUAUCAAUGGCGAUGCGGCUUCUGCCUCGUCUUACGGAGAGGGUCACACGGUCACAGAAUCAGCCAGUGGCCAGUCCAAGAUCAUUGAAGCCGCUCCCUGGGUCUCGGGCUGGAAUGCGAGAGAUUGGUAUAGACCGUCGUCAAGGGAGGAUACGGUGGAUAUGUACUAUAAACCAUCUCGCGUGUCAAUAAGCAAAAACAGCGACGCGUCGCAAGAACACUCUACCUAUCUUACCUUACACACGACGAGACUUUCGGAUGGAAGCCAGGUGGCCGCUGAACUAGAUUUCGCGGAAUACAACGUCACGUACGCCUCCAUCCGCAUGUCCGCGCGCAUCAAUGGAGCCAGCGGCGCAGUUGCGGCUUUCUUCACGUACCAUGACGAUACGAAUGAGUCGGACAUAGAGAUACCGACCGGAGGAAAGGCAGACGAAGUGCACUACUCCAACCAACCCACCGCUGACCCAGACACUGAAGAUCCCAUUGAUGGUGCAACGUUCAACGUGUCAAUGGAGGCUCACAAGCCGACUUCCGACUGGAACAACUACAGGCUGGACUGGGUACCUGGGAAAAGCGCCUGGUACAUGAACGGCGCGCAAUCGGCUGAUACGGAAGUCAACGUACCGGAUACAGAGAGCAUGAUCAUCUUGAGCCUUUGGAGUAACGGAGGCACCUUUUCGGGGCGUAUGGGAACCGGGCAAGAGGCAUGGUUUGACAUUCAAUGGGUUGAGCUGCUCUUCAAUACGAGUGCUAUCGCUAGCACCGAACCCGACGGGACAGUAUGCUCGGUUGAGUCGUCUCCAGGCUCGCCUGUACCCAGUGCCUCGCGUAGCCUUCAAGAUCUGGUUGCUGGGCGUAUCUGGUGGGCUAUUGGGAUGGCGUCAACUGUGAGCUUCCUGGUGUCCGUAUGA